CGAUCAUAGCAGCUGCGGAAUCAUCAGGAUUAUACGGGUCGGGAGCUAAUAUCGAGGGAUUUAAAAAUGACAAAGGCGUUCCUGAUGCAGGUAGCCUUCAUGGGGCACUGCUCACGACACAUUGGGCCACACGCGGAUGGACGUUCCAGGAACAAAUGCUUUCCAAGAGGUCUUUUAUUUUUCUUGAUGAAACGGCAUUCUGGGAUUGUCAGGGUGCUGUGUGGUGGUCUGAGUCCUUGAUCACCAACCAGGAAACAGGUGUUAGCAAAGUCAGUACGCCAGAGGGGGACAAUACGCCUUUAAGAUUAAUAUUUCGAAGCAAAAAAGACCACAUGGAAACAAGGACCUAUAAUAAAAAUAGACAAUUAUCACAAAACCUUGCAGCCCUUUCCACACCCGACUUCAGACUUUACAUGGAGUUAAUAUGUCGGUAUAACCAUCGCAAUCUCACAUACGCCCAGGAUGCAUUACCAGCCAUUUCCGGAGUUCUUGAUGCCCUGACACGCGGGUUUUUGGGCGGCUUCAUUAGUGGACUACCGGCUAUUUUCCUCGAUUCCGCCCUUCUUUGGCAGCCUCUUGUCAAGGCAAAGAGGCGAGUUUCUUCUGAAGACAAGCCAGAAUCGUCCCCGCCGUUACCGUCCUGGUCUUGGGUCGGGUGGCAAUGCCUCAUUGACCCGGUAAGCCAGGAGAGUGGUCUGGACUACAGGGUCCGAAAUUAUACUCGACCGCUCUCGGGGUUGACUAGGCCUCCUGUCACGAAUUCAUGGAGAACUAGGAAGCUUGUUAAUUGGAUUAGCUCGACCACUGCGGAUGACGAGUGUAAGAUACUCGAACCGGGGAUACUAGAACAAUACAAAGGGUUGCGGGAUAAGCCUUCUGAUGAAAAUUUACCCGAUGGAUGGUCUCAUGAAACAAAAGAUACAUAUCCCACUGACCGUAUACUUCGGUAUGAAUUCGAAGAACGGCCAAGAGACUGGUACUCUCAUGAGUCGGAUCCUACAUCUGUCUUUGGCUACCCAUUACCCAUGACAUACAUCCCGUCAACUUUCGGAAGUCAAGGGCAUAAGCGCUUCCUCUCCUGUACGGCAUAUACAGCUAAUUUCAACGUCCGGCGAAUUCUAUAUCCCCACCAAAGGGUACGGCAAUAUAGCAAAUACCGUGGGGGUCGUUUUCAUAUCUCUUGUCUAGACACGAAGCUAUACAAGAAUAACCCCGACAUGGAGACGUAUUGCCCCGUAAUAACCCUCGAAGACAGUCAAGGGCGCUGGGCCGGGUUGCUUAGGGUGAUGGAUGACAACAAAAGUAUCAAGGCCCAGCAAACGGUUGAAGUCAUAGCAAUCUCGGAGGGCAGUUCCAGCUUCAUCGGGGCGGCUGUAGCAUACGAAGAGAUGGUUGAUAGGCUGGGAUGUUACCGGUUUGGGAAUAUUAACAGCGAUCACUGCCAUUUCGCGUUGACGGGGGGUUUCCGGCGGGUAGAUACCUCGGAAGAAUCUGACAAAAAAGUAAAGCCUUGCGUGUAUCGCAGGCCUAAAUCCAAAUGUUAUAAGAGCAUGGAGAAGGAAGCCAACGGGCGGGACCAUGGGCCCUUCUUUCUCAAAAACAUAAACUGUCAUCGCUUCCAGGACGACGAACUACCAAAAGAGUGGGGGCACGAGCGUUAUGAUUUCUACAACGUGCUCUGGGUCGAAAGGAGAGGCGAUUUCAUGGAAAGAAAGGCUGUGGGGCGGGUGCCUAAAGCCAUCUGGGAGCAGAAUCAAGGAGGGCUACAAAGCAUCAGACUCGGUUGAUGCUCUAGGCUGUAUAGCAGGCGAAUUCAGGGGUAUCUACUAGACCAAACAGCUUCAAUCAUAGCAUCGGUGGGAGUUCAUUUACAAAAGCGGAAAUAAAAUUUGGCAAGAUUGGCUUUUUAGGUUAGCUGUACGGCAAGUCUGCGUUCGUGUGUUUUAACUGUAGCUGCUCUUUGCGGUGAUGCCUUGCGACUGGAAGAUAUGGAAACUGUAGUGAUGGUAUCUACUUCUCCAUUGUGCGGUUUAGAAAUUCUCAUAAAUAAUGUUGUUAGUAUAAUAGUCUCAUACAGGCUAGGGUAAAAUGGACAAGAGACGAGUAUUUGAUCUGAUCGGAUAUAUUACUUGUAGGUUGUAGGUUGUAGUGUUGAAACACACGAUGAUAAUUGAGUGGUACCCAGUCAAGCACGUGGAAGGUGGUUUGAAUCACGUGGCCGGAUCUCAUCUCUUUAGAUUUUAUGUGGACCCCUGUGCCGGGCAGCCGGGAGUCAU